AUGUACAACGUCUUCGACAGGGGCGAUCCCGAGCCGACCCCCUUUGACGCGCGCGAGGCCAGGGACUACAUGUACCACCGUGUCACCCUCUCGUGCAGCCCGGCGGCUGGGAGCACCUGCAUCGUGCUGCUGGUGCACAUGCCAAUCGGCGAGCUCUCCUACGCCCGGCUCGGCGACGAGCGGUGGACCUGGAUCUCGCCCGACGACCACCAGCUCAUGGCCAUCAGCUGGGGCUUCAUGGACUCUUUCUACAAUGAGGAUGAUGGUUUGUUCUAUGUGCUUCGCAGCCACAGAUCGGUUUUCACCCUCAAUUUCAAUGGGCCAUCUCUUGUUGUCAAAAAGAUCAUGCGCAGAGUUAGGAAGGGGGAUGAUCCUUCUAGCAUGUACAUCAUGCAAGCUCCAUGGGGUGAUAUUUUGCAAAUAUGGAGGUGGAGGAGCUACGUCGAUUCAUCAACACCCGUGGAGCUUCCUAGAGAUCUGCUGGGUCACAACGAAGAUGACAUAGACCGGUAUAUUGAGCUCAGAACAACUGAAAUAGAGGUCUAUAAGGUGGACCUUGAGAACCAGGCACUUGUGAAGAUGACAAGCUUAGCGGAUCAUGCACUAUUCCUUGGUUAUAAUAGCUCCAUGUGCUUUGCCACUAAAGAUUUUCCAACACUGAAGCCGAACUGUGUCUAUAUCACGGAUGACUCUGUUGAGUAUGUCAACAUGUGUAAGCAUAACUGGCGAGAAAUCGGAGUUUGGGAUAUAGAAAACAAGAGUCUGCAGACUUUUGAUAGUGUUUUGCUUACUAUUUCCUGGAUGAACUGGCCUUCUUCGGUUUGGAUAACACCCUCCCUUUUCUAUACUCAACUAGCAGAGAAAGGCGCACAAAAUUCUAAUUACAAAUGGAUUUUUCAGCUCAAUUAA